UCGACCACGUGGUUUAAAGAAAAACUGUAAACAACAUCAUUACUACUUAAGUCCAUUUUAUUUCUAAGAAGAUGGGAAGCUCGAGUAAAGAGAAAAAGAGACGAAAGAAGCAAAAGGUUAAAACUGCAGAGAAAAAGAAGAACCUCCAGAUGAAGUUGGCAAGGAUAGAAAAUGUAGAGAUGUUAACUAAAGAUCAAGUGAAGAACAUUCUUGUACACACCACCUGUGCAUCUAAAGUGACGGGAAAGAGGAGACGAAGAGUGACAAAGCGACUGAAACAUCUUGCCAAGAAAGCAACCGAAUCACAAGAUGUUGACAUGGAAACAGUUGAUGAAAAGAAACAGAAAAAAAUGAAAGGGAAACCAGCUACAGCUGUAGAGGAGGUGAAUACAGGCCAGAGUAUGGAUACAGAAGACAACUGAGGCUUCAGUCACGGUUUUGAAGCAGACUUGUUUGAACUCUCAAGAUUAUGUGUGAAAUGAUGAGAUUUCAGGUUUUUCACUUGAAAAUCAGAUUGAUGGUUUAAUACAUUAAGAUCAUAGUUGAUGGAAAAUAAAUAUAUGAUACAUCCUUGUAAUUUCUUACGUUAUGAAAACAUGUUGUAGUUCAGAUUCUUAACCUGUACAACACUUUACAUUACAAGUGUUCAAAUCAUCAAUGCUAUAAGGUAGACAAUUUGGUAAUUCAGCUGACCUUCCAAUCAACUGGUGUCAUAUGUGUUUGAUAUUUGGUUUUGUAACUUGUAUGUAUGCAUAGCUUGGCAUAUGCUUUCCCAAUAUAUCCACAAUGUAUUUGAUACAUUGUUGUUAAACUGUAUCUUUAUUAUUGUUUUAAUAAAAUCAAGUUAUAACA